GCAACCAGACUAAAAGUUUUACUCUGAAAGCGUCGGUGUUUAAAUUUGUCUUGAAUUUACUCUCAAGUGAUUUGAAUACGUUAAUUUAGAAAGAAGAAUAACUAUGACACAUCAACUUAAAGUGUCAAAACCCGAACAGAGCUUCCGUGACAUACCAUAUGAAGAGCUUGGGCCGCAGAAAGGCGCUUCAAAGAAGAACUAUCUGUCGAUGGCUUAUGGCGUCCCGGUUGCGAUUUUUCUGCUCGUGAUUGUAAUUUGCCUUUUGAUCAAGUCUAGCGGAGAUGAACAAAAUGUGACCAGGCCAAUUCUUAGCUGCAGACAGGGAAAUUGUGAUUCCAACGCCGCUUGCUCAGAGGAUAAACAAAAUUGUGUUUGCAACAAAGGUUUCCAAGGGGACGGCUUGUCAUGUGCUGAUAUAGAUGAGUGUAUCAAUGAGACUCACAAUUGUAGUGAGCAUGCAAUUUGCACAAAUUUGUUUGGCUCGCACAAUUGUAGCUGUCUGACAGGACUCCACGGAGACGGCUGGUCUUGCAAAGACGUCGAUGAGUGCAAGACCAGUUCGACGAACUGUAGCGAUCGAGCAUUUUGCAAUAACACAGUUGGCUCUUAUAAUUGCUUAUGUCUCGAGGGAUUCCAAGGAGAUGGAAUGUCAUGUCAAGACAUCGAUGAGUGCAUUGAUAACAUCCAUAAUUGGAGCGCUCAUGCAUACUGCAGCAACACCGUUGGCUCGCACGAUUGCAUUUGUCUUUCAGGAUUCCGAGGAGAUGCACGAUCAUGCAUUGACGUUGAUGAGUGUAACACAAAUAUGUACAAUUGCAGUGAUCACGAGUUGUGCAUUAACACUGUUGGCUCGUAUAUUUGUAUUUGUCGCCCAGGAUUCCGAGGGGAUGGACGAUCAUGCCUUGACGUUGAUGAGUGUAACAGAAAUAUGCACAAUUGCAGUAAUAACGAGUUCUGCAUUAACACUGUUGGCUCGUAUAAUUGCAUUUGUCGGCCAGGAUUCCAUGGAGAUGGACGAUCAUGCCUUGACGUUGAUGAGUGUAUCACAAAUAUGCAUAACUGCAGUGAUCACGAGUUCUGUGUUAACACCGUAGGCUCGUAUAAUUGUAUUUGUCGCCCAGGAUUCCGAGGAGAUGAACGAUCAUGCAUUGAUGUUGAUGAGUGUAUUACAAAUAUGCAUAACUGCAGUGAUCACGAGUUCUGUGUUAACACCGUAGGCUCGUAUAAUUGUAUUUGUCGUCCAGGAUUCCGAAGAGAUGAACGAUCAUGCCUUGAUGUUGAUGAGUGUAUUACAAAUAUGCAUAACUGCAGUGAUCACGAGUUCUGCAUUAACACUGUAGGCUCGUAUAAUUGCAUUUGUCACCCAGGGUUUGAGACCAAUGGACAUGCGUGCAACGAUGCCAAUGAGUGCAAUUACGGGACUCACAAGUGUGACAAGAAUGCGGUAUGCACCAAUACCAUAGGGUCUUACAAAUGUUACUGCAAUUCUGGGUUUUCUGGAGAUGGGCUAGUGUGUCAUGAUGUUGACGAAUGUCGCAAUGGAUUGUUUCACUUUUGCGAUUUUCAUGCGACUUGUAAGAACAGCGCGGGUACCUAUACAUGUUCAUGUAAAGACGGUUUCCAUGGAAAUGGACGUAAAUGCUCCGACACUAACGAGUGCAAAGAUGCUGGUCAUCUAUGUAAUGAUCAUGCUUACUGUCGUAACACUGUAGGGUCAUACAGCUGCGUCUGUAAAACAGGAUAUGAGGGAAAUGGUUGGGAUUGCGAGGAUAUUGACGAAUGCCUGCACGGAACUUCUACAUGCAGCUCGAAUGCAAAUUGUAUAAACACCCAAGGCUCUUACCGCUGUCAGGGCACCGAUGGACACCACAUUACCUGGAAUCACGACGUCUCUUUUAGUUUUCCAGGUUUGUCUGCCGAAAGGCCCGUAUCGUUGAAUGGAGGUUCUCGCUUUGUUGUUAUUAUUGUGACAAUGUUGCAGUUGCUUUGGUAGCCUUUCUACAUACUAAAAGGACACCUUGGAGAUGGUAGAAUGUAUAUGUGUUUCACAUAUCUGCACGUAAAUAUUAGAAUUAUCUGUAAUAAAACAUUAGAGAGAAUGCGAGACUUCUACUCCAGA